UUUAGCGGCAUUAAACCCGAACUUUUGAUCUCAAUCCGCGAGACCAGCUUUCGAUGUCAGUCAGUCAACCAGUCCGAACCAGCUGGAAUUCCUUUUCCAAUUCUUCUUUUUGGCAUCAUCAUGGCUGGAGAUCCUCGUGAGACGUGGGCUAGGUUGCAGCAGUCCCUGCAGCAGCAGCGGGCAAAAGGCGGAUUUGGUGGAGGCUUUCCGGGUGGCAGCCCCAAGAAAGCUUUCGGAUCAGCUGGAGCAUUGAUUGCGGUUGGAUUGGGAGCAUAUGUUUUCAUGAAUUCCCUGUUCAACGUUGACGGUGGUCAUCGAGCAAUCAAGUACACGAGAAUAAGCGGCGUGAAGAAGGAAAUCUACAAUGAAGGAACCCAUCUCCGGAUCCCAUGGUUCGAAACUCCUAUCAUCUACGACGUUCGCGCGAAGCCAAGAAAUGUUGCCUCCCUCACAGGAACCAAGGACUUACAGAUGGUGAACAUCACCUGCCGUGUCCUUUCCCGCCCAAGAGUCGAGGCUUUACCGCAGAUAUAUCGUACUUUAGGAACCGAUUUUGAUGAAAGGGUUCUUCCAUCCAUCGUCAAUGAGGUUCUGAAGGCUGUGGUGGCUCAAUUCAACGCCAGUCAACUUAUCACUCAGCGAGAGAACGUCGCUCGUCUUGUCCGUGAUAACCUAUCUAGACGUGCUGCUCGUUUCAACAUCGUUCUUGAUGAUGUUUCCCUAACGCAUCUUGCAUUCUCACCCGAAUUCACUGCAGCUGUUGAAGCCAAACAAGUUGCUCAACAGGAAGCCCAGCGAGCCGCGUUCGUCGUCGACAAAGCCCGUCAAGAAAAGCAAGCAACCGUUGUGCGAGCACAGGGUGAGGCCCGUUCUGCCCAGUUGAUUGGAGACGCCAUCAAAAAGAGCAAGAGUUACAUCGAGCUGCGGAAACUUGAAAACGCGCGGAAUAUUGCUACGAUCCUGCAGGAAGCUGGUGGAAAGAACAAGCUCUACUUGGAUUCAGAGGGCUUGGGACUUAACGUCAAUGUUAAACCCGACACCUCUGAUAGUUAGAGCUUUGGGGAGCCAUUGAGAGGAGGGCAGGGGCUACAACAGUGCCUUUAUUGUUGAUAAAGAGGGGUGUGGGACCGGUUUCUAGCAUUAUCGGAAAUAAUCUUGUUUUUGAAUUUGGAGUGUGGUGGUGUGAGAUGAAGAUUGUCCAUUCCUAAUCUCAGCAAUUCUUCUGUCCGCCACCUUCCGUCCGAAAGCUCCAAAACAUCGAAUGUAUCUGAAGGGGAGUUGGUCAUGUAUAAAUAUCAUAGCUAGCCGCUAUUCUUUUUUCUCUUUGUUGCCAUUACUGUUUAAACUGUUACUAUUACUGGAAAGUGAAUCGAAAAAAUACAAGCAUCUCCUAUAUCAAAAUAAUCUUACCUUUAUAGUUCGUUGCGCACUUUAUCGAAUAUCCCAUUAUUUGCCAACAAGACCUAUGUCCGUUCAUUCACAACUACUACUAUCUCAGCGAGAGGGUGUUAAUUCACACAAAACACAAAAUGGCCUAGUACGUCGUAUGUUUGUUCUUCCAAUACCUGAUUAAAACUGUGUGCAGAGCUUGAGACAUUCCCUGCGUCGAAAUUUGGAAUAACUUUCCCCAGCACACUCAGGCUAUCAUCAGGGUGGUAUAUAUGAAUAUUCGAGUGAACAUGAAUUACCAACUAGGGCGUAAAAAAUUUAAAUGUAUUGAAUAUUCCAUUACGUUCAUCUAUCGUUAAAUAGGUCAUUCAUUGCAUUGGUAAACUAUCAUUUCU